GCUUUCCGUACCUACUUGAUGUCAAACAAAAAAAUCGGGAGGGGAUAGAAGCCAUCCUCCGUUAAUAAUGAGAUAGUUUUCGUCAAGUAACUAUCAUAUCACCCCGACAAAAUACCCGAAGUCGUCGUUGUGCAAUUGUAUUAAUACUGCAUUUCAUGAGUGCCGGGCAGAAUUGUAGUUUUUAACGGUUUUUAGUCAACAUUGAGGGAUGUCUAAACGACUGCGGAACAGAGAAGUAUGCGCUGAUUGCAGUGCUCCGGAGCCGCGCUGGGCCUCAGCGAAUCGUGGUGUUCUGAUCUGUGACGAGUGUUGCAGUAUUCACCGAGGUCUUGGUCGACACAGCUCUCAAGUGCGGCACGUAACACACACCCCAUGGCCUCCCUCCCAAUUACAGAUGGUUCAGACUCUGUACGGCAACGGAGCGAACUCAAUAUGGGAGCACAGCCUUCUGGACCCGUCAACGGCCAUGAGUGGCAGGCGCAAGGCUAACCCCCAGGACAGGGUGCACCCCAACAAGACGGAGUUCAUCAAGGCCAAGUACCAGAUGCUGGCGUUUGUCCACCGGAUGCCCUGCCGAGAGGAUGACAACGUCACCACCAAGGACCUCAGCAAGCAACUGCACUCCAGUGUUCGAACGGGCAACCUGGAGACCUGCCUGAGGCUGCUGUCCCUGGGGGCCCAGGCCAACUUCUUCCAUCCAGAGAAGGGAAACACCCCCCUGCACAUAGCCGCCAAGGCAGGCCAGCUGUGCCAGGCGGAGCUGCUGGCCGUGUACGGGGCCGACCCCGGAGCCCUGGACACCGGGGGGAAGACCCCCAUCGAUUACGCAAGACAAGCGGGGCACAAGGAGCUGGCUGACCGCCUGGUGGAGAUCCAGUACGAACUCACUGACCGGCUCACGUUCUACCUCUGUGGGAGGAGGCCAGACCACCGGAACGAACAACACUUCAUUAUCCCGCAAAUGGCUGACAGCAGUCUGGAUCUGUCGGAGUUUGCAAAAGCUGCAAAGAAAAAGCUCCAGUCUCUCACCAACCACCAGUUUGAAGAGCUCGCCAUGGACGUCUACGAUGAGGUGGACAGGAGAGAAACCGACGCAGUGUGGCUGGCGACCCAGAAUCACAGCAGUCUGGUGACAGAUGCCACUGUGGUCCCCUUCCUACCCGUCAACCCCGAAUACUCCUCCACCAGGAACCAGGGCCGCCAGAAGCUGGCGAGGUUCAACGCACAUGAGUUCGCCACCCUCGUCAUCGACAUUCUAACCGACGCCAAACGCCGGCAGCGGGGGAACUCCUGCGAAAGCCCCAAAGACGACGUGGAGCUGAUCCUGAAGGGGAUGAGCAGUCGCCAUGGCAGCGAGAGCCAGGACAACGACCAGCCGGAUUACGACAGCGUGGCGUCGGACGAGGACGGGGACCGCGAGCCGGUCUCGGAGAACAAUGGGAACAUCGGGCGCACCAAGAGUUCCGAGUCAUCUGACCUCUCAGACGGACCAAUCACAGUGCAGGAGUUCAUGGAGGUGAAGACGGCUCUGACGGCCUCUGAGGCUAAGAUCCAGCAGCUCCUCAAGGUCAACUGUCACCUCAGCGAGGAACUGCGACUGAUGCAGGGCAAGCUGAACUCCCUGCAGACGGAGAACACCACCCUGCGCUGGCAGACCCCCGGGAGCCACCCUCACCCCCACCAGCCCCCUGGCCGGCCCCCGGUGCGGGGCGGGCGCCCCAUGUCCAUGUACGAGACGGGCUCGGGCGUGCGGCCCUACCCCCACAGAGAGGCCCCGAGGCCCGAGGACGGCCUCACCCUGCACCCGCUGCCCACCAACAUUGGGCGUGGCCCCCUGGGAUCGGCCUCCUCCUCCCUGCCCACCUUCCCCUCCUCCUUGUCCUGGUCGCGGGACGAGAGAGCUCGAAGGGGCUGCAGCCUGGAGGGGCAAGGAGGCGUAACGGACAACGACUACGACAACGCAGCCCACCUCUCCCAGCUCGACGAGUCUGGGUACGACCUGCCAGAGCCCAUCAGGGCUCUCUCCAGCUUUGUCCCGUGCUCUGAAAGGAUCCAUGUGGCCGUGAGAGAGAUGGCCACCCUGUUUCCCAAGAGACCCCAGUCUAAGAUGGUGCGUGACUCUCUGGGCCUGCUCACCUCCAGUGCCAGCCGGCUGCAGGGAGAAUGCCAGAAGGCCUCGGUUCACGAGCCCCGCCCCUCCGACAUGCAGCUGGUCACUCAGCAAGUGAUCCAGUGCGCCUAUGACAUCGCAAAGGCCGCUAAGCAACUGGUCACUGUGACAACCAAAGAAAACAGCAACUAAUUUAGUUUGAAUUGUUUGUAUGUUUUUUUUUUUUAUCCAAAGACCUCCCUCUUGAUAUGUGUUAAUGGUCUGGCUAAUUUCAAUGUAAUCAGUAUUACUGUUAUUAUUUGUAUGGCAUUUUUAUUUAAUGUAUUAUGUCACCAGUUAAACGUUAUAGGGUUCUUGUGUGAAGUUUACAGAAAGUUUUCCUUGGAAAAUCAUGGGUCAUGCCAAGGCCCUGUUUUUGAGUACAAGUGGUAUUAGCGCAUAUUAGUGGAGUUCAAAGACUUGUCUACCGUGAACGUAUAAAUAGACAUGUUGCAGCCUUUUAAAUGUUGGGUGUUUUUUUGUGCUUUGUGGUUGUGCUGUAACUUUGCUGCCCCCUUCUACACACCAAUGACUACAUCGUGACUGUCCAAAGGUUUCAUUUAUUGUAGAAUUGCCAACGUUGGACAUUGAAACCUUGUGGAAGUUAUUGAACACAGCCAUGUGUACUACCAGCGCAGUGACACGUCACAGUAAAAUGCCCUAGUCAUAAUAGGCUCCAUGGAUGUUUCUAAAGUAUUGUAAUUCCCUGCUAAAGCCAUACGUCACACAACUAAGAUCAUGUCUUCAUUAUUAUGACGGAUUGGUUUUCUUAUUUUUGACAUCGCGAAAUGCAUUUCUUUUUAUUAUAAACCCCAAAUAUUUUUUUUAUAGAAUGAAAGUGUACAAACGUAUAUUCAUAAUACAUAUAAUCGUAAUGCUAUAGUCUAUUUAUAGAUACUGUAUGUCAUCCGUAGCUAACGAAAUGUCAACAUUUAUUUUCAUAAAAUAAGUUUAACUAAACAAUUGAUGCCUUCCUGUAUCGCAUGGUUUUCAUCUCCGACGUAAUAAUAUUUCCGCCGGCAACCAGAGCUCGUGGUCCGUCUCUGUUCUGUUGGUGUGGUGCUGAACCCUGUCUAACCGUGCAUCAUCUCCUACAUGCUGCUAAUGGCCAAACAAGUGCAACGAAGUGGUUGUGGAAAUGUAGUCAUAAAUGGCCCCCUUUGAGAUCUGUUAUGACACAAAUGUUGGCCUGAGAUGUGUGGAUGAUCAUGUGUUCCAUUUGAGUGUCACGAACCAAACAACACUGGGAUUCCUGUCAUACAAUUCUUACCGUUGUGGUUGGAAAAAUCUGCCUUUCAAAGUAAUAAACAGUAGCCUAAUUUAUAACCUAAUAUCGGAAUGCUUCGU